GAUUAGCUGUUACAUUUGCCAGGGAAGGUGAUGUAGGAACUUACACGUGUAUUGCCAGAAAUGUAGCUGGUACUUCAAGAGUAGACAUGAAGUUACUCGUGCAAGAACCACCAACUAUAGAUGAAGAAAGUAGACUGCUGACAUCUACUGUUGGUGAGACAGCUGAUUUACGAUGUGCGGCGACAGGAAUACCACCUCCAACUAUCCGCUGGUUAAAAGAUGGGAGAGAAAUUGAAGAACCUUCCUCAAAAUAUGAGAUAACACGAUCUGGUAAUCUACUGUCAAACAACUUACAGAAGAUGAUACUGGGAGCUACUUGUGUACUGCUACCAAUGUUGCUGGACAAGCCACACAGGAACGCUUGCUGAGAAUCCAGGUUCCUCCCUCCUUUAUUGUGGUGCCUCAAAUAAAGGAAGUGUUACUGGAGCAGAGAUUGGAAUUGAGAUGUACUGCAAAAGGAAGGCCAACACCAACAAUUCACUGGAAAAGAAAUGAUGUACCUGUUGCUUAUGUGCCAAGUGUAAAUGGCCGGAGUGUUUUAAUAUUUCACAAUGUGAGAAGAGAGGAUGCAGGUGUAUAUACAUGUUUAGCACAGAACCCUGCUGGUCAGGCUGUGGUAAACACCAUGGUUACAGUAAAGGUACCACCAGAAAUAUUAACCCCACCAGGUAACAAGGCUGUGACCAUUGCGGAACGGGUAGUCCUCACUUGCUCAGUUGGAGGUGAUCCACCCCCAGAAGUUAUUUGGAUGAAAAAUGGACGCCCAGUAAGACUAAGCAGUAGAAUUCAACAAUUGAGUAAUGGAUCAUUGGUUAUUUUUGACUCCACAAGUUCAGAUGCUGGAAAAUACAAAUGUGUGGCAACAAAUGAUGCUGGUAUGUCUGAAGGUGUGGCUAUGCUAACUGUACGGGAACCACCAUCUUUCCUGAUAGAACCUCAGCACACAAGGGUUAACCAGGAUGAGACUGUACUUGUAGACUGUGUUGGGUCAGGUGAGCCCGAACCAAAGAUGGAUUGGAUGAUGGGUUGGGAUAUUUUACAGGAUGAGGGACGGUUGUCAGUAUUACCAAAUAAUUCUCUUAGGAUAGUUGCAGCACAGUUGUCAGAUUCUGGAUCCUACAGAUGUCUGGCUAGUAACAACCUUGGUAAAACAUUUAUAGAGAUCAACAUCACUGUUGUUGUACACGGUGGUUGGUCAGAAUGGUCUGACUGGAAAUUAUGUAGUGCAAGUUGUGGAGAGGGCAGACAACUUCGUCACCGACUGUGUGACAACCCUGAGCCAGCUAAUCAGGGAGAAGACUGUAAAGGAAAACACGUACAGUCUCGAUCUUGCCAACUUAGAAAUUGUCCAGUUUCAGGAAACUGGGGUAACUGGUUACCAUGGGAACAAUGCAGUGUAUCAUGUAAUGAGGGUGUUCAGUUGAGACGACGACUUUGUGAUAAUCCUGCACCCCAGUCAGGUGGUGGGACAUGUGUUGGUGAUGCAGUUGAAGAACAGACUUGUAACAGGAGACCUUGUGCUGUUGAUGGUAAUUGGGGUGAGUGGUCCUUAUGGCAAGCAUGUUCUGUGACGUGUGGGGAUGGAUAUCAUGAAAGAAGACGGAAGUGUAACAACCCCCCGCCCUCUAGCAAUGGACGCUUCUGUCAGGGAGAACAGAGGGAUACACAAAGGUGUAAACUAAGAGAAUGCCCAGUUGAUGGAAACUGGGGCAAUUGGGGCCAUUGGAAUCCAUGUACUUUGUCAUGUGGUGGUGGAACAAGAACCCGUUCACGUAUGUGUAACUAUCCUGAACCCAAAUAUGGAGGACUAUUUUGUAUAGGGACAGACAUACAGCUUGACUACUGCAACAGCGAACCUUGUCCCGUGCAUGGUGGAUGGUCUGAAUGGGGAGAAUUUGGAGAAUGUUCUGUCAGCUGUAAUGGUGGACUGAAGAAAAGAUUUCGCACUUGCUCUAACCCACCACCUGGCAACAAUGGCCGCCCUUGUCGAGGUCAAACUGACGAUACAUUGGCAUGUAAUCAGGAACCCUGUCCAGUUGAUGGACAGUGGUCAAACUGGUCAGAGUGGAGCGUAUGUUCUAGGACUUGUGACCAUGGAACCAAAUAUCGUGAACGUACAUGUCAACUACCUAAACACGGUGGCAUUCUGUGUAGGGGUGAUAAUAAACAGAUCAUGGACUGUUUUCAAGAGCCAUGCUAUGAUAUCCCUAUUAUAGCAGAAGGUAACUUGAUUGGUUAUAUCAACAACAUAGACAUUCCAGCAGCUACAUUCUCUGUGGAUAUGGUUCCACUUCCAGAUAACACAGCAACUUCUAUCAAUGCAACUAUAAGAGGAGUACCCACAGUGCUAGUUCCACAUUUCCGUCAUCUGCUGUCUGUAUUGAGUCCUGUGUACUGGAGUACAGCUCAGGAGAUAGAUGGUGCCUACAAUGGAUAUACACUUACUGACGGAGAGUUUACAAGAGAAGCCCAGAUACAAUAUACAACAGGUGAAAUUCUUAAGAUGUCACAUUAUUCAAAAGGAGUUGAUCAUGACGGGAAACUGCAACUAGAUAUUGUUUUGAGGGGAAAUGUUCCUGACAUCGCAGAAACACAAAUUGUUAAAAUUACACCAUACUGGGAGCAGUAUACCCAAUCUGGACCAGGUAGUGUACAUGCACAGUCAACUCAGUUGAUGCACGUUGAUGAGUUUAUGCUACCUUAUGCUUCAAAUCACAGUAUUGUGUACAGCAAGGAGAACAAGAUGCCAUUCCUAGUACAAAGAAUGUAUGCCAACAACCUUCACGUUGAUGUUUUCCCAGACAGAGAAAUUAUCAACUACAUCCUUGAAACAAGCAUUGCUCCAGGUUCUCCAAGUAACCAGUGUCCUGAUGGAUUUAUUCUGAAUGUUGAUGGUGCAUAUUGUCAAGAUGAUGAUGAAUGCACAAGAUUGAGGCCAUGCUCAGACUAUUGUCAUAAUUCCCCGGGAAGCUAUUACUGCUCCUGUCCACUAGGAUAUGUGCUUGACGUGGAUGGCAGACAGUGUACAGAUAUAGAUGAAUGUAGCACUGCAUCAGCUAAUUGUCCUGCUGACCAGGAAUGCACUAAUACUAUUGGUUCAUAUUUCUGUCAUGUUAGAUGUGGACAGGGCUAUAGACCGUUUGAAAAUGGGCAGAAAUGUAUAGAUAUUGAUGAAUGCACAGAGUCACCAGGUGUUUGUGAUCAGAUAUGUGUAAAUAAAAAUGGUGGUUACCGAUGUAGAUGUAUGCCUGGAUAUCGGAGAAUUUCUAGAAGCAAAUGUGUUGAUAUAGAUGAGUGUGAAUUAACUAACUCACCAUGUGAACAGGUAUGUGCCAAUGCCAUUGGAAGCUAUCUAUGUAGCUGUAGACAAGGAUAUCAGCUUGUAUCUAGAGGCAGAUGUAAAGAUAUUAACGAAUGUAAAACAAGUAACAUUAAUUGUGGUGCUGGACAGAGGUGUGUAAAUUCUGUGGGCAGUUAUAGAUGUGUAACAGUAUGUCCUCAAGGUUCAGAACUGAUCAACGGAAACUGUAAAGAUAUUGACGAGUGUCAAACUGGUAAACAUAGAUGCUACUACAACCAACAAUGUGUGAACACAGAGCCUGGUUAUAGAUGUGUAUGUCCACGCGGGUACAGAUCAGCCGGGCCAGGCACCCCAUGUCUAGAUAUUGACGAAUGUUCUGAAAGUUCAAGUUUGUGUUCCUACAAGUGUGAGAAUACAUACGGAGGGUAUGAAUGUGUGUGUGCACCGGGACAAGUGAGACUGGCAGAUAGAAAAUCAUGUGCUGGCUUAGAGUUCCUUGAGCCAGCUCAGGUGAUUGAUACCAAUUUAGUACCAACUCGUCACAGAAGAAAUACACGUGAUACACGUAUGUGCUCAAAGGGCUGGAAAUAUAAUAUAAGUAGUGGACAAUGUUUAGACAUAAAUGAGUGCGAGGAUGAUCCAGGAAUAUGCCAGCACAACUGUACAAACACUGUUGGUUCCUACAAGUGUACAUGUCCUCCAGGAUAUAGAGUGUCAAAGGAUCAGUCUACAUGUCAAGAUAUCAAUGAGUGUAUAGAGAAUUACAUCAAGUGUGGUAGAGACAAGAUGUGUUUCAACACGUUAGGAGAGUUUACAUGUAUAGAUAUACCAUGUCCCCGGGGAUACCAGCGGGAUCCUAUCACAAACAACUGUGUUCUUGAGUGUAUAGAUGCUGAGGUAGCAUGUCCUGAAAACGCCAGAUAUGCUGAUGUCAUCGAAUUCCGAACAUUGGCGCUACCUAGCGGGGUUCUGGCAGAGCAGCGUCUCAUCAAACUGACUGCAUAUAAUCAAAACAAUGAGAUAUUGAGGAACACUGUGUUUAACAUAUUGGAGAACGAUGAAACAGUUGCAUUUUAUAUUCAGCUGGAAGAUGGUGUUGGUAUUGUAUUCACCCAGCAACCACUAGAAGACAGUCAUUUGUAUAGGAUAAAAGUACAGGCAAAGUCAUUUGAUAACACUCAGAUCAAUAUCCAGUACCAGACGACAUUUCUUAUUCAUAUUGCUGUGUCUGCAUAUCCAUAUUAGUAGUUAUAUUAAUUUCUGUUCAAAUUUUGUUUCAUAAUUAUGAAGGCUUGUUUACCAAAAAAAAUCUCAAAAAUGAACUGGUUUGAAAAAUAGUCUCAAAAUUUUUGCAUUGAAGAAAAUAGCAGAAUGAUUGCUGGCACCUGCACAUCAUUAGGUGGAAUAGGUAUCAGUAGGUAUGAUUACAAGAUUGUGUUGAAUAAAUAUUAUUUGGUGUA